AUGACCUCCAACCUCCAUAAUCAGCCUCAUACAGACUUCACUCGACAACCACCCGACGACCACACGCUGCCACCAGCGACAGCCUGUAUCCCGAGGACGCAUUAUUCGAAAAGCGCAUUCCAGACAUCAAGUAUUUCAUGCCAGACAUCGUGGUCCUUACGUCAAUCCCUUUGGCGGGGCGCCUUUAACCCAGACGACGACUCUCCUCCAAAAUCCCUCUCCAGCAGAGAAAUGUCCUCCGGACACCCUCCAACCACGAUUCCCGACGAAAGCGAUACGGUGUUCGACCUCAAUACUGUCUUCAGUCAUCCUGCUGGCCUCAGAGUUGCGAGAUACAUCGUAGGAACAUACAUUCGAGCCGCCCAGCACUCACUUCCGCCUCCAGCGGCAGAGGACACCACGUAUUCAGUGCCCGUACCAUCGUUCGAAUCGAGUCCUGAGGUGGCCAGUCUGCUUGAAACAAUUCUUGCCUUGAGCGAUUCGCAGGUACGGCCGUCAGAAGAGAACGAUGCUCGGCUAGGAGAAUUCGCGAUGGAGGCCUUACCAUUGUGCACACACGAAGAAAAAAGAACUGACGAAAUUUUUUUCGUCUCUCCAGACUCUUCAGCCUUUGACCGCAUACAAGAAUCGUUUCCUUCCUCCAGCCAACAAACCCCGAACAACUUCUUCGCAACUACCAACACCUCUCACACCUCACUUUCGACCAACUCUUCUUAUGCCACGCAACACUCCUUCAUAUUCUCGAAUUCAUUUCAAUUGUCCCUCGCAAGCCACACACAACUCGACCAAGCAUCGCGGUCCUUCGUAAACUCGUGGCCGGACCUGUCUAGCUCUUUCACGUCUGGUUCGGAUUCUCCAUAUCGGAUCGAAUCUCCUUCACGAACCUCGACCAACAACACUCCACAACCACGCUGCUCGCAAUCUAGCGGACCAUCAUUGCCGGAAACAAACAUGUUUUCGGAAGAUGAUGUCUUCGUAUCUCGUCUCCCUCGAAUGAGAAAAUCCCUAUCCACCGACUCUACGACCUCAUCUUCAACUCGCGGCAACAUGGGUGAGAAUACGUUCAGAGUAGCCUUCUCUUCUGGACGCGGUCAACCAGUCUCUAGCACCUCCCCAACGAUCAAAAGCUUCAUGCCUGUCAACAAGAUGCCGGAAGGUUCUUUGAUUGUCACAAAGCCAUCUGCUAGUGGAAAUUCAUCUUUCCCCGCUAGAGAUAUGGCUACUGGAGAUCUUACCACCUCAACCACCUCGUCCCAGACUUCAACACCCACACCUUCCUCGUCGUCUUCCUCUCUCAAUUGCACCCAACGUCCGUUCAGUACCAUUAUGCAAGCCUUCGAGAUGGAGCACACGCCAUCAGCUUCGUCGAGCCACAAGCGCAAAGCUGAAUCCGCCGACAACUCCGCUGUGAAGAAGACUGAGAAGGGAAACAUCAAGCGCAUUGUCAAAUUGAAGGAAGCAAAGCCCAAGCCUGCUGCGCAUAAGCUUGGUCCUGACCUUUGGAUGCGCAUUCUUGAGUUUACUCCACCCCCAUUCAUCAAAAAGGCCCGCUCUGUUAGCAAAGACUUCAAGUGCUGGAUCGAUGAAUACUCCUCAAUUUUCGUCAAUCAGCGCAUGGAGAACUAUGGUGUUGAAAUGCCUCCUGCUUCAGCCAUUCAAGUUUACUUGAACUUCGAUGAUGAUAAUGACGAAGAAGAAAUUGAGAUACCAGCUGUUCCUGCUACGCCUGGGGUUCCGGGAGGUGAUAACGCUGAACGUCAAGUGGUUAAGCUGAUCAAGAAGAAGCAAGAUAUCACCGAGAGACAAUACAACGAUCUUCUUGGUGGGAAGGGUUGCUUAGAGAAGGAGAAAGUCACAAUGGCUGGAACGAAGGAACCUUGCAGCGAUGAAAUGGCUUGCAGAACUCAUUGGUCUUGGGCUAAGAGAUGGUGCUCGGACUGCUGGAAGGCGAAGAUUGAACGGGAAGACCGCAUCUUGAAGGCACGUCAGAAUAUCGUUGGCCGUCAAACCCUUCAAGACCUCCUUGCCUGUAUUCCCAAUGGUAUGCACGACUCCUUCAUGAAGCCUCAUGACUACGUUACGGAAGAGGAGUCGAGGGAGCGAGCCCGCGGUGCCCCAAGACUCUACCGAUACUAUCUGAAACAAGAUGUCGAACGUAUCAUCGCCGAGUAUAACAAGAGAACUCCUCUGCCAUACGUUGAUGAUCCAUCACUUUCAGCUGCAGCCAAUGCGUCAGCAAAGGCCGUCCAUCAGAUCAAGGAGACUGCGCUCAUUCAAAAGCGUCAAGACUGGGUUGACAAGAUGAAGUUAAGAAACGCCGCUUGGAUGGAGACCGUCAAGAAGAUCGAGAGUGCUGUUCGCAAACGCCGAGUCAAAAAUGGAUUGCCUAACGAGGUGAACCGUGCCGCUCGGAGAGAACUCUUCACCCGACGUGCCAAAGACGAGAUUCCCCACGUUCCCACCGAGUUCGUUGAGAAAACCGCGGCCUAUAAGGCUGCGACUCGUAUUUUCCGCGAUGGUGGUACUGAGCGUGGAUGGCAAACCCUCAAGCCUAAGAUUGAGAAGGAAUGGUUGGAUGAGGAGGAGAGAAAGUCCGAAAACCUGGAGGCUGCAGUUGAGAGCGAAGCUGGCGGAAGCAUGGACGUCGACAGUGUUACGAAUGAACCACUCGAGGUUGAAGCUGGAAACAUGCGCACCAACUCCAAUGCGGGAAUGCCUACACGUUACGGUACGCAGGACAAUCUGCUUCAGAUGCACCGUCGUCAUCAGCAGGUUCAGGUUCAGCUUCGGUUGAACCAGCAGGCCUUUCAGCAGCAUCGAAUUCAACAGCGAAACCACCAAGCUUCGCUUUUAGCUGCUCAGAAUCGCAACAGCUUUGUGGCUCGUCAUCUACUCCAACCUCAGCAACAAGGCCAACAAAACAGCUUGAGCGUAUUGGCCGCUGCGGCCGAUCUUACGAAUCCAUCUUCUUAUACUGGAUACGGCAGUACGACCUCCUUCCAAGCCCAACCCUCGACCCACCAUACUCAGAUGUACUCAUCCAUGAGAUUCAAUUCCCAUUCCCAAACUGGCAGCCAAUCUGCGUUUACGCAAUACCCUUCAAUUAAUACCUCGUCCAUGCACCAAAAUCCUCCAAUUCAGGAGCCUGCUCGUACUGGACUCACAAUUCAUGAUCUUCUGGCAGCAGAUCCACCGAACUCCAAACCCGCUCACUUCUACCCUUCAUACUGA